UAAACAAACUCGUAUAGACAAGAACAUUAAAAAACUUCUCUCGAUCUAUAGAUAAACAAGCCAACAAUUAUUGCUUAGAUUUUGCUCAAUUCUACGAGGCCAGGAGUGCAAAAAUGAAACCGGUUCGCUCAUUCCUCAAAGUUCCAGACAUGAAUCAACGGACAAGCGAGGAGGAGGAGGUGUCACAACAGGACGAGCGCACGGCCCGAAUGAUGGGAGGUGAAAUGUCGACUCAAGCCUAUCUAGAGGAGCUUAAAUGGCCAAUGGAGAACCUUUCUAUGCAGCAACAGCAGAAGCCUUCCGUUCAGGACCAGACCCAGGCUCGGAAGCGUAUGUGCGCGCACAGAUCCAGCUGUGGUAUGCACCGUAGCUAUCAUCCAGGCGAUUACCUAGCAAAACAGCCACAUCAGUGCCAGAAGUAUCAGAAGAAUAUUGAUCGGAGUCCAGGCAAGCAACAGCAGCCUUCUCAGGACAGCCCGACAAUGACAGCAUCUUCAAUCAGCUCCAGCUCCAAAGCUAUGGACGUCCUAUUUCGGCGUCCUUCUCGACGAAAUGUUUCCUUUCUGAUGGAAAAUCCAGAGCCCUCCAAUACAGCAGUUGGCCAACCGUCUUCAUGCUGGAGCAGUACGGAUGAGGCGAAUUUCGUUGAAAAUAUCGAUGAACCUGAACAGAAUUUUCCUCAAUGCAAUCAAAGCCAGAAGAGAGCACCGAUAAGCAAAACUACAGACGUCCUAUCCCCGCGUCCUCAUCACUACAGUCCACAAAAGCCAAAGAUGCUUUAUAAGAACACGGACGUGAUAGACUUUGACAACGAUUUGAAAGGACUUGAUAAAAAAUCAUCAUACAAGUACAUGGAAUAUGCCCCUAAACUGUGUCAGAGUCUACCGCAUCAGACGAAUCAGAAUAUUUUUCAUAAGCACAAACAGGAGCUUUAUCAAAUGAUGUCACCGUCACGUGAGAAGGUCGGAAAACAGCAAGCUAAGCACAUCCAAUUGUCGCCUCCUCAUCAAUACAGUUGUAUACUUGAGCCGCAUAAGUGGGGCAGAGAGAUUGGUGGGGAACUUCUCGCUAAGAACUCGGACAUUCUUACAUCACCAUCCUUGAGCGAGAUCUCCGAGAAGAAUUGCGAAGAUUCCACUGUAAAACGAAAACGAUAUAACAAAUUCGGAAGGUGUAGUGACGAGAACGGCACGAACAGCACCUCCACAAGAUCGACCGUGAUCACUGUGAAGAGCAGGGACGAGCUGCGUUCCAUGGUCCGGGACGAGCUGUGUGCCUUGGUCCAAAACGAGAUUGAAAUUCAUUCGGUGUUCGGUGAACUGUCUGAUACUGUGGUCUCUCAUUUGAAGGACUAUUUGUGCGGGCAGUCAACAACUGACAAUGUUCCCCCACCCAAGAGCCAGUAUAAGGAUAGCCAUUGUACAAAUGCACCCAAGAAUUCAGCCAUAGAUAAUGUCCUGGAUACCAAGAAGCAGGAGUCAUAUCAAACCCAAAAGAAAGCAUCGUUCGGCAAAGGCAUACCCAAAGAUCAUACUCAGCGUACGUCUCAGGAUCUUAUUAAGGAGCAGACACAGAAGUCGUAUCGGCGCGCUUCGUAUCACAAGAACCAAAAGCAACAUUCCUAUCGUACCUUCAAGCUGGAGGCCAAACAGAAGCAGCCUCCAAAUCAGCAGCUCUCGUACUUUCCUUCAUUCGCAUGCUUCAGCGAUACGCCUGAGGAUGAUUCCGAAGAGUCUAAUUUCGAAGUGGAUAAGAAGACACUCAACAAGCUCAUGGAAGGUUCCCCAAAGCACAAACUCAAACACACACUGUCCGGUGACGAGAAUGAUGUGUUUUCCAUUUCUAGUAGCAACUCGGUUUCGACUUCGAUCAGUGCGAAGAGCGGGAACGAGCUGCGUGCCAUGAUCUGGGACGAGAUGGAAUUGCGGUCGGUGGAUGUAGAAGAGAAUGUGUCCAUCUUUUUAGACUUGAGUCAACCCACAGAUGACGGAAAUCAGGAUAUGAAGGAAACAAUGUCCAAACAUCCAAACAUCGCUUCCCUCCCGAAUUUGGCCAUAGAUGUUGAUGCGCCCACCACUGAUUCAUUUAAGGGUUCGAAACCAUAUCACAGAUCUGUCUCAGUGCAGCGUUCCAGUGAUCAAGCCGAUUUUGCACCACAACAGCAGCAGCAGGACGAUCGGAAUCAUCCUCAACAGUCGAAGACGUAUCGCAAGAAUUAUCAGAGCUCCGCCAAGCAGCAGCAGGUGCAAAAGAAUAAGGAUCGGUAUCCAAGACCUUCUCCGACGUCCUUUCAGCAUCAUUCAGAAGAGCAGUACCCAAAGACUACGUAUAAUAAUUCUCCAAAUCAGCAUCAAAAUCCUUCUCAAGAGCAGCGGCAGCAUUCACAACAGCCGUACGAUGAUCAGACUGAAGAGAAUCCUGUCAAGAUGAUGCAGUACAAACAGCAGACGAAAUACCAGAAUCAUAAAACUACAAAGAAGCAUUCGCAUGGGAAUCGUCACUCGGAAAACCAGACAGAGGAUGAUCGCCAGAACCCCUCCAAGAUGAUGCAGCAAAAUCUGCAGACAGAAUACGAGAAAGCCCCUAAGAUGGAUCCGUAUGAGGAUCAGCAGCCGACUCCUGAUCAGUUCAAGCAGAAACCACCGGAGCAGUAUCGAGUAUCUGCGUACCACAAAUCUACAGAGAAGCAUUCGCAUGGAAGCUCUCAGAAUAUGCAGCACUAUUCAAGAAAGGUUUAUGAUGAGCAGCCUCCUAAAAGUCCUGACAAGAUGAUGCAGCAAAAUCUGCAGACGGAAUACCAGAAAGCCCUUAAGAAGGAGCCUUAUGAGGAUCAUCCUCAGCAGCCGACUCCUGAUCAGUUCAAGCAGAAACCACCGGAGCAGUAUCGAGUAUCUCCGUCCCACAAAUCUACAGAGAAGCAUUCGCAUGGAAGCUCUCAGAAUAUGCAGCACUAUUCAAGAAAGGUUUAUGAUGAGCAGCCUCCUAAAAGUCCUGACAAGAUGAUGCAGCAAAAUCUGCAGACGGAAUACCAGAAAGCCCUUAAGAAGGAGCCUUAUGAGGAUCAUCCUCAGCAGCCGACUCCUGAUCAGUUCAAGCAGAAACCACCGGAGCAGUAUCGAGUAUCUCCGUCCCACAAAUCUACAGAGAAGCAUUCGCAUGGAAGCUCUCAGAAUAUGCAGCACUAUUCAAGAAAGGUUUAUGAUGAGCAGCCUCCUAAAAGUCCUGACAAGAUGAUGCAGCAAAAUCUGCCGACGGAAUACCAGAAAGCCCCUAAGAAGGAGCCUUAUGAGGAUCAUCCUCAGCAGCCGACUCCUGAUCAGUUCAAGCAGAAACCACCGGAGCAGUAUCGAGUAUCUGCGUACCACAAAUCUACAGAGAAGCAUUCGCAUGGAAGCUCUCAGAAUAUGCAGCACUAUUCAAGAAAGGUUUAUGAUGAGCAGCCUCCUAAAAGUCCUGACAAGAUGAUGCAGCAAAAUCUGCCGAAGGAAUACCAGAAAGCCCCUAAGAAGGAUCCGUAUGAGGAUCAUCCUCAGAAGCCGUGUCAAGAUCUGCUCAGCGAUGCGCCUGAGGAUGAUUCCGACAACAACUUUAUGGAAUAUUACGGUGAAGGUUCCCCAAAGUACAGAGCCAAACACACACUGUCCGGUGACGAGCAUGAUGUGUUUUCCAUGGCUAGUAGCAACUCGGUUUCGACUUCGAUCAGUGCGAUGAGCGGGAACGAGUUGCGUGCCAUGAUCUGGGACGAGAUGGAAUUGCAGUCGGUGGAUGUAGAAGAGAAUGUGCCCAUCUUUUUAGAAUUGAGUCAACCCAGAGAUGACGGAAAUCAGGAUAUGAAGGAAACAAUGUCCAAACAUCCAAACAUCGCUUCCCUCCCGAAUUUGGCCAUAGAUGUUGAUGCGCCCACCACUGAAUCAUUUAAGGGUUCGAAAACAGAUGAGCUGCCACAAGUCGAGUGCAAAAUGAGUAUAGAUGAUUUAGUGAACUGCAAGGUCAUCACUCCCAUGAUCAUGAAGAUACACAACAAGUAUAUGACCUCUAUGCAGGAUGCGAUGCAGCUCAUGAAGUAUCUGGAGACGGUGCCGCGCCUUGUAGGUCAGAUUUACAAGGACAACAUCACGUUGGAAAAGAGGAAACUCUAAAAAUGUUGAAAGUCACUUCGGAUUCAAUGAUACCUCAUUAUAUAUUUUUUAAUAAUUCCAUUAAAUAAAACAAAUUGCACAAAACCA